CCGGAAGUCAAAAGGGUCAAGUUUGACCUUGACGGUCUACCAGACCCCAACCAAGUGCUUCAUUUCCGACUGUACCAAUAUCUGAAGACGAUGGUUCAUACCCAUUGGUGUUGGCUACUGGAGGCAGCUCUCUGAUUCGUCCUUCAAAGGAAUGUCCUAUACCUUCCUCGAACACAAUGAUCCGAACUUGAUAUCCUGUAUAGAUCAGCUUAAUCUUGCGGACAGCUUCCCAUCGUCGAAACGUUCUUGCCCGCAAUCUGGAAGGCGGUACGGUAUGAUCUUUCUAUCUUGCAAACGACCUUGUGAAAGCUGUCGUCCUAAACAACGACUACAUUCGCAUGCGCCUGAUGACGAGCUCAUCACCAAACAAGAGGCAGGACGGGGACUCGAAACGCAGUUCCGUGUUCUUGGUGAAGGUUUGCCCGUCGUUCUGCCGUAUAUCGACCCGAGCGUAACAUUGGACGCUAAGUUUGCGCCUCUGAAGACUCUUUUGAUGGCGUACUAUCCACCCUGCACAUCGUUUUCGGACCCGUUUCGAUCUGUCAUUGAGAACAGAAGUAUGGCUCUUGCAAUCAUCAUUGAAUAGACUUGCUCACGUCAUGUUGCGGGUCCAGGGAGCCAUAUCGUCCGAUUCCCAGCUGGUCAGUCAAAUGACUCGACGUAAGUAUUUUGUCCUUUGAUGCGUGUGUCUAGCUGACGCCAAUAGGCUGUCAUACGACCUACCUUUGCGGAAGUCCAGUGUGUCUGGAGCUUUCAUGAUCGACA